GGGCUUUCAUUAAUUAAGUUUAACUGGACAAAUUAUUUACCUUAAAAUAUGUCAAAUAUUUAACUUCUUAUUGUAAGAUUUCAAUGCUAACAUUAAAAUUCCGUUCAGAUCAUGACGAGAUAUGCUAAACCAGUAAUAGGUAAGAAACAAGCUGAAGAAGCUUCAUCUUGGUCAGCACUGAAACAAACCGUCGUGGAAAGUAACACUGAAAAACCGAAGAAAAAGAAGAAAAAGCUGAAGAAUUUGAAGAAUGUUGUUGAAAAGGUUACAGUGGACCCCCCAGUGCAACAAAGCCACACUUCUCCACAGUCAGAGGAUAAGGUUAUAAAGAAAUUAAAGAAAAAGAGAAACAAGCAAAAGUUGGUCACAGAUGCAAUCAAAUCGGAGUUAGAAAAUACGCCAAAAAUUGUCUCACCAAAUAAAGUAACACGUCCUCAAAUAUCAUCAAAACAAGGUAAAGGGUCGCUCAAGUUUUCUCAAAUGGACCAAGAAGCAAAGAAAAGAUCAAGGGCUGACGUGCACCGUAACCGCCGUGCAGCGAUGGAUCCCUGUUUUGUAUGCAGGAGUACACGACACAAAGCUUCACACUGCCCCAAAGGAUACGACAAGGGGAUCGGAGUUUGUUUUAAAUGUGCCUCAACCGAGCACACAUCAAGUACAUGUCCUAGGAGAGAUAUCGAGGGGUUUCCUCACGCUAAAUGUUUUAUCUGCAGUGAGACUGGUCACUUGUCUCGGGCGUGUCCUGAUAACCCGCGGGGGUUGUACCCCAAUGGGGGGUGCUGCAAAGAGUGUGGAUCUGUUGAACACUUUGCAAAGGAUUGUCAGACCAAAGUCAAGCAGAGAGAAAGCCGGACGAUAAAGUUGAAAAGUAUAUCCUCGUCUAAAUCCAAUGUCGAAGAGAAUGAUAUGAUGGAUCUUAAUGAGUAUGUUGAAAUUAAAAGACCAGACCCAAAACCGCAGAUACAUAAACCGAAAGUGGUCAAGUUUUAAUCGUUCCCGGGUUUUAAUUUAUUUAGGUUUUUGAUAAUUUGCUGAGUUGUACUAACAAUUAACAUGAUGCUUUUUAAUUCAUUUACUUUUGACUAUUGUAUUUUUUUCUGCGCUUGAAAUCAACUGUACUCAUUCUAACGACUUUCAGUUUUAAUAACGUGUUUUAUUAAAAUUAGUGUUUUACUUUAAAUUGUAUUACAUUUUACAUUACAUUAAAUUGUUAAGAAUCGAAUGCGUUUUUAAAGUAUUAAAAUUAACAAAGAAUGAACUCAUCAAAAUUUAGUAUUAGUGAUAGUAUUUCAGCUAUUCAUUUAGAAUAAAACCAAGUCCUUCGUGUUAUGUAGACAUGCUGUGGACUGGUUACACCUGGUUAAAGCACUAAUAUUGUACAUAAUAUUAAUAAGACUUAAAAAAUGUAUUUAAUUGUAAUUGUGAAAAUAGUUUAAAUAUAAUAUAUUACACCUCACUUUAAACCCCCAUUUCAGUAGUUACAAUGUCAGAGGAUGUAGUGAGCCAUUUUGUGAAGUUCUCAAACCAAACAUCAGGCCAAGACAAACUAUGCAGGGUAUUGCAGUACAGUAGUCAACUCCUAUGGUGGUACCUAGAAAAACGUGGUUUCAGUCCACAGUAUGUGGAACAAUUAAAACAACUCCAGUCCUCCCUCUCCCUCGCUAGAAAAUAUUUUUCUCUCGGAAAAAGCGUAGAACACAUGCGUGGAGCAGCUGUAUCAAUCCACAUAAACGAUCCAAUCUUACGCUAUUCAAUGACUUUAUCCAGAAUCAGUUCAGCACUUCAGUUUUUUUGUGAUAAUGUAUACUUGUUCAGCAAACUCGGCCUUGUAAAGGUAGAUCAGGGAGGUUUAGUUUCUCUGUCUAGUAAGUUGUGGUUGUACGCAGACUUCAUGAACAUUAUCAGAGUUACCUAUGAGAUACGUCAUGAAAUUAACGAACAAUUCGAUCGACAGGAGUCUAACUUGAAACAUUCCAAUCAUUCCUUGUAUUCAACUUGUCGGUGCGUCCUGUCAAGACGACCAGAUCUGUUUGUUGAUUUAGUUAAGAAUAUGUCAGAUAUUUGGUUACCAAUACAUUCCUCCGGUGUGACAACGUUGUCACCGGGGACGGUAGGAUUUUGCGGAACCGUUUCAUCGGUGCUUGGUGCUGCUACUAUUUGGCAAAAGAGUCGGAAACUCUGAACUGAUUUGAUAGUGAUCUUACACUUCCUGCCUUGUGAGAAUUUAUUCGAAGGACUGAUUGAGAUUAAGAUUAAAAAUUUUUUUUGUGACUUUUUUUGAAAUUUGCACUGAAUUUUAAUCUUUAAUUAUUAUUUCUGACAUUUUCUCUUGAAUAAUUAAUUCAGACAUUUUUCAAUUGACAUCGUUGAUCGUUUAGCGUAAAAGGAUUGACUUUUUCGUUGUAUAUUUAUAUACUAUUAUAUAUCGUUUAUGAAUUGACAUACUUAUUGUUCUCAUGCUAUUGUUACAGUUUACACAA